UUGGAAACAUGUACAAAACACUGAUGAAAUGUUGGAAACCAGCUGAAACACAGUAAAAUUCAACCCAAUAAAGUAAGAUUGAUUUUUCUUCAUCCACGCUGGGAAUUUUCAAGGAGUGAACUAUGACAUUAUAUCGAUAUUUGCUACUGUUUCUACUCUGGGUAUGCUUGCCACACUUCUGCUCUCCAGAGAUAAUGUUCAGAAGGACUCCUGAGCCUCAGCAACGAAUUUUAGGUCCACGCAUACCAAGAAGUGAUGGCAAAAUUCUGCAUCGUCAAAAACGUGGUUGGAUGUGGAAUCAGUUUUUCUUGCUGGAAGAAUAUACAGGAUCUGAUUAUCAAUAUGUGGGAAAGCUUCAUUCAGACCAAGAUAAAGGAGAUGGAUCACUCAAAUAUAUUUUAUCUGGAGAUGGAGCUGGUACUCUUUUUAUUAUUGACGAAAAAACAGGUGACAUCCAUGCCACAAGAAGAAUUGAUAGGGAAGAAAAGGCCUUUUAUACUCUACGUGCACAAGCUAUUAACAGAAGAACUCUGAGGCCAGUAGAACCGGAGUCUGAGUUUGUGAUCAAAAUCCAUGAUAUCAAUGACAAUGAGCCAACAUUCCCAGAGGAAGUUUAUACAGCUAGUGUUCCUGAAAUGUCUGUCGUAGGUACUUCUGUGGUGCAAGUCACAGCUACAGAUGCCGACGACCCUUCCUAUGGGAACAGCGCCAGAGUCAUCUACAGCAUUCUCCAGGGGCAGCCCUACUUCUCUGUGGAGCCCGAAACAGGAAUCAUCAGGACUGCUUUGCCAAACAUGAACAGAGAAAACAGGGAGCAAUAUCAAGUGGUUAUCCAGGCCAAGGACAUGGGCGGCCAGAUGGGAGGCUUAUCGGGGACCACCACCGUGAACAUCACGCUGACAGAUGUCAAUGACAAUCCACCUCGCUUCCCCCAGAACACCAUCCAUCUUCGAGUACUUGAAUCCUCCCCAGUUGGCACAGCUGUUGGAAGUGUAAAAGCAACUGAUGCUGACACUGGAAAAAAUGCUGAAGUUGAAUACCGAAUUAUUGAUGGUGAUGGGACUGACAUGUUUGACAUCAUAACUGAGAAGGACACACAGGAGGGCAUCAUAACUGUGAAAAAGCCACUUGACUUUGAGAGCCGAAGACUUUACACUUUGAAGGUGGAAGCAGAAAAUACCCAUGUGGAUCCACGAUUUUAUUAUCUAGGGCCGUUUAAAGAUACAACGAUUGUCAAAAUCUCUAUAGAAGAUGUGGACGAGCCUCCCGUUUUUAGCAGAUCCUCCUAUCUGUUUGAGGUUCAUGAAGACAUUGAAGUGGGCACAAUCAUUGGGACUGUAAUGGCCAGGGACCCCGAUUCGACUUCUAGCACCAUUAGAUUUUCCUUGGAUCGUCAUACUGACCUUGACAGGAUCUUCAAUAUACAUUCUGGAAAUGGAUCCCUUUAUAUAUCAAAGCCACUUGACCGUGAACUAUCUCAAUGGCACAAUCUUACCAUUAUAGCUGCUGAAAUCAACAAUCCCAAAGAGAUGACCCGUGUGGCUGUUUUUGUGAGAAUCUUGGAUGUUAAUGACAAUGCCCCACAAUUUGCUGUCUUCUAUGACACCUUCGUAUGUGAAAAUGCCAGACCAGGACAGCUCAUACAGACCAUUAGUGCAGUAGACAAAGACGACCCUUUAGGUGGACAGAAAUUUUUCUUCAGUUUAGCUGCUGUCAAUCCAAACUUCACCGUACAGGACAAUGAAGAUAAUACUGCCCGGAUUUUAACCAGAAAAAAUGGAUUCAAUAGACACGAAAUAAGUACCUAUCUCCUGCCGGUGGUGAUAUCAGACAAUGAUUACCCAAUUCAGAGCAGCACGGGCACGCUGACCAUCCGCGUGUGCGCCUGCGACGGCCAAGGCAACAUGCAGUCCUGCAGCGCCGAGGCCCUGCUGCUGCCCGCCGGCCUCAGCACCGGCGCCCUCAUCGCCAUCCUGCUCUGCAUCAUCAUCCUGCUGGUCAUCGUCGUGCUGUUUGCAGCCCUGAAAAGACAGCGGAAGAAGGAGCCUCUGAUCCUGUCCAAGGAGGACAUCCGAGACAACAUCGUGAGCUACAACGACGAGGGCGGCGGCGAGGAGGACACGCAGGCCUUCGACAUCGGCACCCUGCGGAACCCCGCGGCCAUCGAGGACAAGAAGCUGCGGCGGGACAUCCUCCCGGAGACGCUGUUCAUCCCCCGGAGGACUCCCACGGCGCCGGACAACGCGGACGUGCGCGAUUUCAUCCACGACCGGCUGCAGGAGCACGACCUGGACCCCACGGCGCCGCCCUACGACUCGCUGGCCACCUACGCCUACGAGGGCAACGACUCCGUGGCCGAGUCCCUGAGCUCCCUGGACUCGGGCACCACGGACGGCGACCAGAGCUACGACUUCCUCCGGGAGUGGGGCCCCCGCUUCAACAAGCUGGCGGAGAUGUACGGCGGCGGGGAGAGCGACAAGGACUCCUAACCCAGGGGACCGCUUCUGUCUGUCCCCACAAGAGGAAGUCAGCUUGGCCAACAGCGCGUCCACUUCGCAGUAUUUGACAUCCAGGAGAGGUUUCCUGCCACGCAGCACAAUCCCCCCCCACCCCCCUAUCCCCACCCCUAUUUGCUUUCUUAAAUCUGUUCCUUAAUCACAUUAAUUCUUUCCCCCGUAGGAUGUCUCAUUGGAAUAUAUACGGCAUUUUAUUUAAUCACUUCCAAGAGCCAAAGCUAUGGAAAUUUCAGUGGUGUCCAUUUUAGAAAUAAAAGGUAAUAAUUUUCAGAACCGUGAACAGGAUAGGUCUCCCUUAAGCCACCCCUCACACAGACAAGCCGCUUCUGUUAGAUACACGCCCUGCCCUUGCAAAUAAAUGAAGCUUGUCAAAGAGGCGAAGACACAUGUGAAGGUAUAUCCUGUCCUGUACAUUCAAUUAAAUGUACAUGUGGUGUUAGUAGGUGUGAUAUGCAACCCGGUAUACGAAAAACGUUUGUGCAAUUUCAUUUCAUCAAAUUCUAUCUGCUAAUGUUUUAUAUUUAUAUUUUUGUAUUUAUUUUUUAAAAAAUAAACCAGUUUUUACAACUA